CUGGCAUAAAGUGUGAUCACUUUGUGGCCCACUGUUGGCCAGUUUUCAAUCCAGAUGCAGCAAGAACUCAUAGUUUUGUUUAAGUCACGAAAGAGAUGUCAUGUCAAACUAACAUCACACAACUGUUAGCAAGUUUAAGCUGAGCAUUUGGACAGUGAGCUUGUUCUGAUGUGUUUGAAGUAUUAGGAGAAACAUCAGCACGAGCCACAGAGAGGUCAACACAUGUGGUUAUUUAUCUCUCACAAUGUGCACAUCUCUUCUGUUCACUCCCAUAUAUCCAUCUCUCACAUAUGGAAAGAUGCAUGUUUCAAAGUCCUGAGUGCCAGAGGAUGUUUUCCUUUUUGGGUGACUAAUUAUGCGUGUUUAUGUGCACUGUGGGGUGUUAGACUAGGUGUGACAAUUAACUGCUGUCCUCCCAGGGGUCAACAGCUGCACCAAAGUGUUGGUAUGCAACAGCUGGGCAUUUUAGGGAAUAAUUGACGGGGUUUCUAGAGUUUUCAGUGUUGUAGGAGAUCAGAUAGAAGAUGAAAGGAUCAGAAGAUGUGAUCCACAAUGGAGUAGUUGAAGCGGAGUGUCCUUGCUGGUAAAACCGUCUGGUAUAAAAGGUGAUUUAUCUUUCAUCAACUACUAACAUAAAACUUCUAAAUGCUACCUCAUUUUGGGAUUAUUUUUGGGCAACCAUAUAUCUGAUUCUUGUCUUUUUACAUUAGAAGAAGGCACACAAGGAUAUCUCAACUCUUGUUGAUACUGUAUACUUGUUUUUUCUAACUUCAAUACUCUUUCAGAAAAACAAGGAAAACUGAAAUGAUUUCUUACAGUGAAAAAUAAAGUAAAUCUUAGUAUACGCUUUUAUUGUGAAAGGCUUAAGCUUUUUAAGCUGUAUUUCCAUGAUGCGAUUCAAUGUCUAUAGUAAUCUACAUCAACCAUAUGAGGACUAAAUACUUUUGUGAAUUAAUAAUUUCUUCAUGUCUGCCCACAUUUUAAUCAAGGAGAGGCUCUUAAGAAGGUUUAUGCUGUAUUUGUGUGUCCAUGCUGCCCUCUAGUGGCUCAUCUUAACAAGACAACUCCACACAGGUCUGAGUAAAAUGAACAGAAACACUUUAAUUUCACUCUUGUUCAAUCACAGACAAAAUCCCUCUGAAACUGUUAGAACUGGGAUUAAAAACUGGUCAACGUCUUAGUAUGUGUGUUGAAAAACAACAAUUUCAGGGUCCCAUUUACUUUGGUCCAGAACAAACCCUUCAUGAGAACAGAACAGGUGUGCCAGCUGUGGCUUAGCAUAUCCAGGUCAUUGAAGUUGCUCUUAGUUUUUCUCACAGAGGGAAUAGAGGAGCUCAAUCUGCUCAGCAUCUCCGAACCCAGGCCUAUUGGAGAGGACAGAACUUUAACAUUAAACACAUCUAAACCCUGUAGCUCUAAAUGGCGUCGCCACAAGUCUUUCUUAAACUAUCUGUAAACAAAGCCAACUCAAACCAGACUGCCUUUUUCCAAACUAUACUCCAAUUUUCUGAAAUAACAUGUAAAUUUAGCUUUUCUUACUAAGAUCAUAUCCAGUCUUUGUUGACAGACAAACCCCCAGUAUUUGCAGUUUUCUCACCGUCCUGGUGUCUCCAGUAUCAGAGGGAUGUUGUCCAGUCUGGGCUCAUUGACAAUGUCCCGGAAAGCAGAGAGUCCAAUUUGGCCUUUGCCGAUGUCUUCAUGUCGAUCCAGGUUGCAGCCAAGCUUACCUGAGGAGAAAGUGGAGAUGAUUGAGGAUUUACAGAACAGAGUUUAACCCUUCAACGACAGAAUGACUAUACAUCUCAAUGACCAGCUGAGAUUUCUGCUGUACCUUUAGAGUCAUUCAGAUGGAUGGCUUUGAGGUAAUGGAGCCCCACCUCCUGAUCGAACUCAUUGAGCAUGGCCUUCACUCCUCCCUCUGCAGACAGGUCAUAUCCUACAGAGACAAGAAACUACGCUUCAACACAGUGACGAAAUUAUGAGAAAUUCCCCUUUUUAAUGGAAGCUUAUCUUUUAUGGAUCCUAUUUAAGCAGUUUUUUAAUGCAUAGCUUAUUAUUUUAUUAUGUGUGUUGUGUAUUAACUCUUAGUGUGUUUAUAGAGUGCACCCAAGAUUUUCAGUAACACAAAGUGGUGGAUAAUGCGGCCCAUUUUGCUUCCUAACAUGUCUUCAUCUUGUUAAUUGUUGUUUCUCACUGUAAAUAUAAACAGUUGAAUUAUAAUUUUUUAAAUUUGACAUUAGUAACCCCGCUUGGAGUUGAAAUGGCACCUCCAACUGGGGUGGGGUAACAAAAGGAGCAGAUGGUGAAAUCUGUGCACAACAAUUAAACAGGUGAACUCACAUCACCAAAGAAUGGCCAUUUGGGAAUGCAACAUAAUUACCUUUGUGACAGUUUUGAUAUUUAAAAGGUUUUAAAACCACAUGAAAAGAAGCUUCACUAAAGCUGAGUGAAAAGGUUUUGUUGAUGGAUUAGAGGAACUGCAGUGAAAGACAGGGACUCAACUCACAGGUAAAAGUUAGACAUCAAUCCACCUAGAUCAUCAAAAAGGGGAGAGUUUCUUUAAAGGAAUCACAAUAGCGCAGUCCUAAAAAUGUGUUUUAUUCCUGCCAAAAGCAAAACACUAACAGGGUGAUACUUGAAGAGAAGCUGCUGUUUCACAUGCAUGUCAGUCAGAAUAUAAAUAGUCAGAGUUGUUUUGGUAUUGUAAAUGUUUAAGAGAAAUGCCUCGACCAAGCUCUUUGAAAGUAGCCUACCUUCUAUGACAGGCUUUAGAAUGAUAAAAGAGAAAAGGUUUUAACUUCUGCCGUUUAAAAGGUCCGACCAAAUCUAACCUCUAGUGCUGCUCAAGGGUAAAGGAUACUCUCUCUGUUAUUUUGUUUUAGUUUGCUUUAUUAACAUACAAGACCAUUUAAGUUAGUUGUAUUUUUGUAAAGCUUCAUUUUUGUUUUGAUUUCAGGUAAAAAAGGUUUUUGACAUUUUGGUUUUGGUGAUUUCGUAAGUUUUCAUUCACAAUAUAUUUAACUGAUUUCUGAUGUUUCUGUGGAGCAAACUCAUCAGCCUCAGGUUUCACUCACCUGCUGCAAAUGCAUGGCAGGUGUCCAGACACACACCCACUCUGCUCUGGUCUCUCACUCUGUCUAUGAUGCUCUUCAGCUCGGCGAAAUUACCGCCAACCGUGCUGCCCUGACCACUCAUGUUCUCCAACACUGACCACAGAAAGAAAGAAAGAAAACAGAGCCGUCAGAUUAAAACAGUUUGUCUCCUGUGUGUAUGACAUACCUGACACACGUCUGUUAUUGUUCUAUCUGUUCUCCAUUCCUAAAGCAUAGCCUGGGGCAGAUUCUGCUUUGGUGUUUUUUGCAGGAAGUGUAUUCUUGUCACUCCAGUGGCAUUUGGGGUAUGUGAGUCAAAGCGUCUGUGGUGUGUGCCGUGAAUCAUAAAUGAUGCAACACCAGUGAAAAGCCUGCAGACAGUUCUGCAAAUUGAAAGUUAUGUAUUAACACAAAAGGUCAAGUGGUCAUGUAUAAGUUAAUUGCACUCAUAUUUUUUUUCUUUUCAUAUGGUAGUGAAAUAUUAAAUCAUCCUUGAAUGGGGUCAAAAUAUGUUAAAGCUUACUGUUAUUAAUUUAAUGUAGAGUGAUUAACCCACCAAUUGUGAUUUUAAUGACAUUAGAAUUUAAUUUGUGUGCACUGGGAUGGCUGUAUAAGUUCUUCUGUUACACAAGAAUUAAAAUCCUCGGCACAUCAUUGUCUCGCAGUAUAGGCUCCUCGUUGUUAAACAAAUACUGAUAGUGAAAUUAGUAUAGUAUCUGCAUAUAUAGUUUGUUACUGUAGAGCUAACUAGUGCUGGUUCUCAACUCUAUCUUUGCUAAAAAACCCUUCUGUGUUCAGCAUAUGUAACUGUGUUUUAUACACCCAAUUCCUUUGCUACAGCACACGCUAUUCAGUGACUGUGCAGGCUCAUUUAACCCCCCAGUCCCUGCUCUUGAAAGCAGUUUAAGUUUUUGCUAGAGCUGACGCACACUGCUAAUUUAACAGAAUGUGCCUCAUCAGAGUAGCUGCCCUUGUAAUUAUGUGAUGCAGAUGUCCCUGAACGAAUUUCAGAUGUUUCAGUUAAAGGGAGAGGGAGAUUUUGUUAACAGUACAGCAGAUGUAAUUUAGCUGUCUCCAAAAAAUAAAUAAAUAGAUUUAAAUGGUAUUUUUAACACCACAAAUGAACCAUGUACCCCUGAUUUGUGCUAACACUGUCAACAGUCACUUCCAGAUAUUCUGAGCUUCAUUUGAAGAGCUUUAUCAUAUGUUGUGGUUACCUGUAACCACAGCAGGUGUUUGCUUGUGGGCAUGGUUAAUGGCUCCUGCUAUCUUUUCAACACACUGCUCAGUGGUGAUGGAGCCCAGGGAGGAGCCGGGGUGGAAGUUGUAGAGGUUUAGGCCCAGGAGGCUGCAGCGGUUGAGCUCAUCCACCAGCAAGGCCUGGCUCUUCUCAAAAACAUCUGGAUACAACAUACAAAAAAAAAACCAGAGCGGCUGGUUGACAGGAGGCGUUUAUCAGAUGAAAUCACCAGUGCAAGACAAGGGCAGGUAAGUCAGCGUGGAAGACACUCAGGGACAACAUGUGAAGGAGACAUCCAUCAGUUUCUAACACACCCUCUUUAGGAGAUCCACAGUUCAUGAGGUAGGACCCAUGGGGCAGGAUGUGAGCAGGGUCAUACCCCUGGAGGGAGCAUUGCUCUCGAAAUUUGUCAGCAGCUGUCUGGUCUAGUGCAGGUCUCUUCCAAGAGCGCUGGGAGCCCAGAAAGAGAGCGAAGCUGCUGCCACCCAUCUCUGUGCAGGAGUCCACUGCUUUCCAUACUCCACCUGGAGACACAAGAAAGAGGCCUCACAAGAACUGGGAGUGAGUGUUAAUUAAAACUGUUUUCACCAGAAGUACGCAAGACUUUUAAUUCCAGGAGCAACUUUUCAUUUAAUUAGAAGGUCAUUUCCAACCUUUUGUUGCCCACAUCCCCACCCUUUACCCCGAGACCUAAUGAUUUGGGUAAAUAUUUUGCUGUCAUUGAGUCAUUUCAGCACUAAAAAGUACAGUGUACUUAAAGCCCAAAGAAUCAUGAGAUAUCUUAGACAUUUCUUAAGGAAUCUGGAUCAUAUCUUCAGCAUAUGUGAAAAGGUUUUCAUAUGCUUUGAGUUUUGUCAAUUACUAAGCAGGAUUUUUUUUCAUGUUAUAUGCAUCACAUGUUAGAGACACGUUGAAUUAAAGUGGAUCCAAAUAUCUUCGCAUAUCUUGGAACACAUGGUUUUAUACAUGGCAUACUGUAAGUGCUGCAUGUGCCAACCUGUAAGACUGUGACUGUGAUUUUUAAUAUGCAACCAUUGGAGCAAACUUUCUGUAGGGUCAAAUAAAGUUAACAAGACUUAUCCCCACUUAAGGAACCCUCCAAGUCCCAGGAAAAAGACUGCAGCCCAAAGGGAGUUCACAAAGAUGGCACUAACUCUUACCUUGAAUGCCAACAUGAGCUCCAAUGUACUUCUUACUCCCACGCUCCUUUCUUCUCUUGUCACCUCUCUCCUCAGCUGCCUUAACCUCCUCCUCCUCCCCUUCUCCUCCCAAAGCCUCCUCGGUUUUCCUCUUCCUUGCUCCCCUUUUUUUCGGACCCAUGCUGUCAAGUGAAAGCCCUGAAAUCAGAAUCUGUCCUAAUGGCUGUGCGAUUUCUGGUGACUUCAGCUGACUUUGAACCCGUGUUUGUUCAGUCUGUAAUGCUGUGAGGCGUGCACAUAUGUGAUUAGCGUGACUGCCCAAAGUUUAUGAAGGUCAAAAUGUGUCUUUUGUGCAUCCCUCCGGUGUGAAACAGCCAGUCAGAGAGCUUCCACGCAGCUGCCCAUUGGAGACGCUUCAUGCUGAGCAGCAAAAUGGCCGCCCGUCAACCGACUGACUCCACAGCGCUUUGAAUUUAAACUCUUGUGCACAUUAGGGUUUACACUAUUACAACCUUAGUACUUAUUCUCAAACCAGUAGCUUACUGCGCGUGUAUUUUCAUCAUCUGCCACUUACUUGACUCUCUGCUCAGGCGUCGCUGUUCCUGUAGCCUCGACGAAUGCCUCAAAAAACCGCACUAAAGCACUUUAGCUAAGCUAGCUAGCACGCUAGCUUUCUUCUUCAUAUGUGAUUCCUGAGGUGAGUAACGUAACCUUAAGAUUGACGAAACAACGUCUGUGAGUUUUUAUCACAUAAUGUUUGUGCGUGCGAAAUGAGAGCCAUAUAUUUGUCAUUUUAAUGUCAUGCCACUGCGUAUUAACCCAGCUAACACAGUUAGCCUGGCUACUUGUAGCGUGUGUAGCUGGUAACUUAGCUUACCCAGUUAGCUGACGCGUAAAGCUUUGACUCUCAGGUUAGUAAGUGGCCCGCUGUAUUUGCCUUAAAAGUCAAUACAUGGACUAGACUAGUUAUCUAACGUACAGGUGGACAGCUGGUUGAUCUCUAAACACUGACUUGUUCUUGUAAGCAUUGGUCUGUUUCUGCGUAUUUUACGCGUACAGCCAGAAACCACUCCUUAGUUUUGGAAAUUGCUGUUAACUUGUCGUUACUAACUUUGAUUGACUCGUUUGCGUGGUUGUUGGUUAACUCUUAUUCUCACCUGCUUUUGUCGGUUUAGUUUAAACGACUUUGAGCACCUGUCUCGGGUCUCAGAGGCCGCUUUACCAUCUACAGCCUCAGAAAGCUCACAUACUCCGGUGCCUGGUUUAGUGCAUAGCUAAGUGCUUAGCUUAAUGAAAACAGGGAUACAGUAUCAUGAGCUGUCAUAGUUCAUAUCUGUGUUUUGAAUAUAUGGAAAGAGCUGAAUGUAUAACUGAAAGCUCCAUAUCAUGAAUAAGCAGGUCGGAUCCGUCAGGCCUUCGGUCCAAAAUGCUUCUGGAAGGAUAUUUGAUACGUCGGCCUUGAAAUCCUGAGAGUAUAACAGCAGUUAAUCAGAAACGAAACUAACCUACUUUGUCAAGGCUUAGCAGCUGGUUUUUAAAGCUCAUGUGAGGAAUUUUCAACUGGUCAUUAACCAGACUGGAAUUAGGGUUGUUUUCAUUAUAUAAUGCACAAAAGCAAAAAAGACCAUCAGCAACAAGAAUGACUAUUUUAAUGAAGUGAUUUUUUUAAAUGCAAGAGAGUAGGUCUGCACAGACAAUUCUCAGCUCAGAAACUGUCUAUUUAACAUUUUUCUGCAGCAUAUGUUAACAGAAAGUGACAUAUUUGAGUAUUAACAGAAAGCUGGAUUAGAUUUGUUUUCAGAAAACACUGGUUACAUAAAUGGACUGGACAAAAUCAGCAAAGAGAUGAGGUUUAACUUAAAGUAACUCGCAGGAUCUUACAGUAAUGUUUGUCAAUUAUUUGUUUCUUUUCAAAUUAAUUCAUUGAAACCAACCGAUAAAGGUGAUUUACCUUUUAAAAUGUAAAGCAACAGGUCUUAACUUUUGGGACAAAACAACAUUUGAUUCUACUAUAAAAGAUUAAUGUAUUGUUUGAUGAUGUUCAGGAUGACGGUAGUUUUGCCCCCUUUCCAUCACCUGUGCUUCACAAGUAUUGCAAAUGGCUAUUUUGCAGUCUGCACCCAAAUACUUCAGUGGAACAGACAUGUUAAAGCUUGCUGUAGGUGCAUUUACUUGAUUGGCAUCUAUGCAAAAUAGCACAGCAGUAAAUAUUGGCAGUAAUGUUCAUUUGCUGAUGUGAUAAUGAACUGUUUAAGCUGUAAUCUGCCAAUACCAGUAUGUUGUAGAUAAUAUCAUACAUCCUUAUCUACCGACAUGUAAGAUCCUAGUCAAUCACUCAGUGGAUUUGUUCACCCCUCAUUUAUGGGUGUCUACAUGAAGAACCUGAUGUUAAUGCUAUAUUUGGUGUCGUUGUUGGUUUUUGUCCUUAACCUGGUAGAAACUUGAAGAGCUGGUUGAACUCCAUUUUGGAAAAUAAUUUAAGCAAAAGCAUGCUGUUGGUCACUGGCAUUGGUCUCCACAGCCACUUGCGGAAGCAGUAUUACUGCUGAUCAGAUGAGCAUAUUGAUUCCAUGUAAAUAAUCUAGAUUGGUUGAUCUUGCUAGUGUGAUUACUCUACAAAUUCAGCAUGCUUAUUAAUUACGGUAUUUGUAGCCAUCAUGGCAAGGAAUAUCCUCAGUUCUAGCGCCUGAUGGCUAAUCCAACGUGUAAAUGGUGCAGACCCAUGGAUACAUUGUUGGGAGCUAAUAUGGUGAUGAAACAAAUCAACAAUUUUUAUUUUAUUUUAUUUUUCUUUCUAAGAAGAAAGGAGAAUCAGGACAGGAGCAGUAGUUCAUGGAAGACAAGAAAAGGAAAAAGGACGAAAAAAGGAAAAGGGAAGCCUCUCAGAAGGUAAGCAUAUUCACAAUGACUAGUAAGCAAGAAAUUGUGUUUUUUCUUUUUGUUAGGAUAAUAAUCAAUCAAUGUUCUUCAGGAUUAAUCAUCUUGGAGGAUUAUUCUUUCUAUAAGACAAAAAGAAAAGAUUUUCUUGCUCUGAAUAAAUUCUGGGUUGUGCUGUUGUAAAUCAAAUAUGUCUGCUAGUUUUGGGUGAAUUUUGUAAAAGGUGACAAACCUCAACAACUACUUGUUGACCAGUAGUAAGAGUGUGGGGUACAAUAUUGAUUCUUGCACGACUCGUCCUACUGUUGGUUUUUGAUUAAAUGACAGCAGUUGCAUUCUUGUAAACCUCACAUCAUCUUUGGUUCUGUACUCAAGAUUUUAUCUUAACGUUGCAAGACUUUUUGUUCUGAUGUUGACACUUUAACGUGUGGAAAUAUUUUAUUUCAUAAUAUCCUUAUUUUUAUGCUUUUUAUGAAUAUGUUCUAAAAAAAUGUUUUCUGUAAUUUUAGGUCACAGAACAGAAAAACAAAGGUAAGCAUGUUAAUAUUAUGAUAAAGAUGUUGAGGGUGUGAAAAGUUUAACUGAGCUCAUCAGUCUUAUGAUAUUCAAUCUUUCAAUUUUUACCUACAAUUAGCUUUUUUUGCCAGUUGUAACUUGAUGAAAUGUAGAGACUGUUAGAGUUCAUUUUUGCCAUAUUAGUCCUCAGGCCCUGGAAGCGUUUGAUGCGAGAUAACACUGCAUGACUUGUCAUAAAAUUUAAGAGUCUGCCAAGUAAAAAUGCCUAGGGCAGUAUUCAUGAAGACAAUUCAUCUCCAUCAGGGAAGUCUUUGUAUUUUCCUCGCCUACCUUGUAAUCUUUGUUUCAGACAUAUGCUUACCGCCUUAAUUCUUUGAAUAUUAUUUGUGAACUGAAUCCUUUAAGUUGUUUUUUGUAAAAUGAUGGAUAAUCCAUCAACAUUCUUCUCUCUCUCUUACCAUUCUCACAGUGCCAGACUUGUCAAAACCUGCGUCUGCUCAGUCUCCUGCCACUCAAAGCAGCUCUGCUUCCCCCAGCCCUGGACCCACCCCCUCUGCCUCCCCAUCCCCAGCCACCUUGGGCCCUGGCAGUGCUGCCAACCCGUCACAGGGCGGCAACAAUGCCAAGCGCCUGGCGGUGGCCAACGGACAGCCCACCACCAACACCAUUUCUUCCUCCACCGCUGGCGGCCCCAGUGCUUCUGGAAACAGCAGUGCAGGUAGCGGAGGCGGAGCCCAGGCGCCUCAGCAACAACCGCGCUACAUGCCGCGAGAAGUGCCGCCACGAUUUCGCUGCCAGCAGGACCAUAAAGUGCUACUGAAGAGGGGUCAGCCACCACUGUCCUCUAUGCUGCUGGGGGGAGGAGGAGGGGAUGGCCCCAAUGCAAACAUGGCUGCUGUCUCAGGUGAGUGUUCACAAAGCUUGGAAAAACAAGUGUCCAAAAAUGUGUUUUCUUGUUCCGUCUCCUAGCUCAGUUCUCUUGUUGGAUUUGCUUUUUUGUAGAUUCUGGUGCAGCUGCCUCCUCAUUGACCCUCACCUCAUCAUCAGUUGCUGCUUCUACUACUACUACUUCUAAUUAUGCAAAUUCCAUGUGGGGGACGAGCUCAAGCAGCCAGGCCUCCUCUCAGGGCAGGGAGAAGGUGAUUGUCGAUGGUAAUGACCUGGAGGAGUGGCCUAGCAUUGUUGGCAGCGAUGGGGGAGGAGCUUCUUUCACCGGGGCUGGAGGAGGCAGCAGCAACAACGGAAUGCCUGUGAACAGCGUUAGUGCCUCUGGCAACCAAUCCUCACCCACUUCCUCGUUCUCUUUGCCCAAUGAAUGUAUGCAGUCGUCCAACGGUGUGGCGUGGGGGAUGGCUGCCUCCCAGGGUCACCUUGGAGGAGGAAGUGCAGUAGCUGGGCCUCUGCUACAACAGUCCUCCUCACUUUCCAAAGCCUCCACUGUGCCAGGAAGCCAUGAUGCCAGUGGCCCCGUAGAUGGCAGCAGUGGUGUUACAGGUGCCAACUUCAAUCCAAAUGCCAACCCUUCAGCCUGGCCUGCCCUGGUUCAGCAGGAUGGGCCUGCUGCUGCUGGGGAAGGGGGUCCGUCUUCCUUCCAUCACCAGGGCCCUGGAGGGUCUUUGUCUGCCAACAACUCUGCUUCCCUGGGCCUGGGGCUGGGAGGUGGGGCAGUCGGGGUGCUGGGGGGUCACCCACCUUUAUCUGUGAAUCAAUCAAACCCUCAUCAGCGCCAACUUCACCAAAUGCAAUCCAGAGACAGAGAGAUUGGAGGGGGAAAGUGGGACAGCGAAUCAGCGGGACCAAAAAUUGUAGGGGGGGAAGGCAUUGGGGGAGGAAUGGACUGUAGUGUGGGAGGAGGCGAGAUUAGUGUGGGAGACCACAGCCUCGGCUCUUCAUGGAGAAGCCAGCCUUCUUACCCUGCAGCUAACUCCAAAACGGGUGCCUCAAGAACUGAUGGUUGGGAGGGUGGAAGCGGUGGAGCAGGGGGCUUCGGAGCUGCUGAAGGGGAUAAUGGGACUUCGGGUUGGGGAUAUCCAAAUUCCACUAGUGGUGUUAGUGCUUGGGGCAGUGCUGGAACUGGGGGAAAUGGUAGUCAAACCUCCGGAGCAUCUCAGGGAGGGUGGGGGUCAUCAGGAGUUGGAGUGGACAGAGGGGUUUCCGGUGGUGAUUGGGGUGGUAACCCCACUAGCAUUGGUGGAGCUAAUACUGGAGGUGAGGGGAUCGGUGGAGCUUGCAGCAGUAACAGCAGUAGUAGUGGAGGCAGCACAGCUGGCAACCCUCCUGCUGUCUCCUCCUCUCCCUCAACCGCCACUACUAUGACCAGAGCCUGGGACAAUCAGAAGGGAGAAGGGGACACAGGGGAAUGGGGUGGGGGAUUAGAAGGACAGGGAGCACAGGGGGGAUCUUCAUCCAGUGGUGGAAACUCCAGGAGUGGGAGUGGCAGCAGUCAAAGUCGCUCCCGUCGCCCGGCUCCUAAUGCUGAAGCUGCCUUACAGAGCCUGCUCAACCGGUCUGAUCUGGACCCUCGGGUUCUGUCCAACACAGGCUGGGGCCAAACACAGAUCCGACAAAACACAGCCUGGGAAUUUGAAGAACAGGGGGGACAGAGUAAAAGUGGGUCGUCAUCAUCAGCUACAUCCAAACAACCGUCUUCUCUUGGUGGUUCUUCUCAGUAUUCCAGUGGGCCCAGGACCCAAAUCACUGAUUCUGUAGGUCCAGGGGUCAGUCCUUCUCUGGUUCCUUCAGCUGGGUCCUCUGGAGAGGGCUGGGAGAGCAGCAGCAACAGUAGCAGUAGUGGGGCCUCUUUGUCUGGGAGAGCCCCACCACCUUCAGGCUCCAACAUGAGGAAUCUUGGCGUCUCUCAAUCUGGGCCAGUGACCGCAACAGGGUCUGGUAUGGGGUCAGGGGUAAUUCCAGCACAUAGCCAGCAAGGGAAGGCUUCAGGCUGGGGUGGAGGAGGGAUGGGGGCUGGUGAUGGCCAGGAGUCCAAGGGUUGGGGAAACGAGGAAUGGAGAGAUAGUAGAAGUGGAGGAUCUGGAGGUGGAUGGGGUGAUCCUUCUCAACAGGGUGACCCAGUGAGUGGAGGCUGGGGAGGAAGUCAAGAGGAGAAAGGGACAGGGGGUUGGAAAGACAUGGGAGGGAGUGGAGGAGGAAGUGGGUGGGGAUCAGGGCAGAAGGCCGGGGUAGGUAGGGACUGGGGAGAGCAACUGUCCAAAUCAAAUAGUGGAGGAAGUGGAUGGGAGGAUGAGAGGAACAAUGGAGGAAACUCAGGUGGGGAUUCAGGUGGGGGUGGUUGGGGGAGUUGGGAUGAUGGUGCUCCACGUCGAACCUGGGGAGCAGGGGGCACUGGGGGAGGAGGUAGUGGAGGAGGGGGGGUGGGUGUUGUCGGGGGCAUGGGGUCCAAACCCAAUCAAAGUUGGAGUGGAGGAAACAAAAUGCACCAGAUGCCAAACAGCCAGCCGGGCUCCAUCACAGGCCCGCAGGCACAACUGCAACAGCAACAAUCACAGCCCCGCAAUCAGCAUCCACAGCGGCAGCAAACGCUGGACCAAGGGGCUAUGCAAGGGGGCAGUGGGAGAAAACCAAUCUCUCAGGCCCAGAAUCAGAACCAAAGCUCAGGCUGGACCUCGGGGCCAAUCCCUGGUGGUUCUUUAGGAAGUGGAAGUGGAUCUGAACCAAGCGGUUGGGAGGAACCCUCGCCGCAGUCUAUCAGCAGGAAGAAUGAGAUCGAUGAUGGAACAUCAGCAUGGGGAGACCCAACCCAUUACAAUUACAAGCCGGUUAACCUGUGGGACAAGAACAGUGCCCCUGUUGGCCAGCAGCCUCACAGCCAGAGUCAGGCUCAACAACAACAACAGCAGCAGCAACAGCAACAGCAGGGACCUCCAAUUCAACAGCAGCCCAGCAGGCAGGCUGCAGGGCUCGGAGGUAGCAGAGACUUUAACACUGGCCAAGGACCUGCAAAAACUCCAUCCAUUGGUAAGAAGUUACACAAAAGUCAACCUGAAGUAAACCAAUUGAUAUUACAGUUGUUUCUUUUUGGUUGAAAGUGGUUGCAGAUGCUUCACUUCAGUAGUUAGUGAUGUUUUUGUCAAGUGUUACUUAUGACUGUCUGCACUGUCCAGACUGAGUUUGUCUGAGUUAAAAUUAAAUGAUCUUCUUUGUUAUACUGUGACUGGAGAGAGGACGCUUUGAUUUUAGACCACUGUGCUAAAAAAUAUAGCUAAUAACUUUUCAAAAAAAAGUGCAGGAGGAAGAGAGUAGCCAAAGCUCUUGGUACUUUUUGACCCCUGUGCACGAGAAUCAUUACCCUAUAAGCAUGCAGCAACUUCUGACCUCUCUAAAAGUGUAGACUUUGACUAAUUGAGUGAUAAAGCGGCGUUUCUCCUCAAAGAGUCCAUUUAUUUCAUCGAUACCUGUAUCAUCUGUGUGUCUAAAGGUCCUUCAGGUUGGGGUGGAACCUCUCCAACUAGUCCCACAGUAGACAAUGGCACGGCAGCUUGGGGAAAACCUACUGAAACCCCUACUGGCUGGGGAGAACCUGAUGAUGCUGGAGGAAAGAAUACAGGGUGGGGAAACCCUUCUCCUAACCCCAUCAAAUCUGGUAAGCCAUUCAAACAAAGACCAGCACAUACAAUUUGAUUAUGAGGUUUGUGUCUGAAAUGCUGAAUUGAUACUAUAUUUAUGGCACUAGCAUACCUUGUAGUCAGCUACGACAAGAUGACAUUAAAGCCAGAUCUGUUCGUUAAUCUUCCAUGAAGUGAAAGUGCUUCAGGUCUUCUCUUUAUUCCCGCAGGUUCAAAGUCUAUGCAAGAUGGCUGGGGUGACAAAGACAGCUCUGUUGCUGCCUCACGUCACUCAAGUUGGGAGGAUGAGGAGGAAGGAGGCGGCAUGUGGAACAGCACCGGCUCCCAGGGAAGCAGCUCGUCUUGGGGACAGGGGAGCAACGGGGGAUGGGGACAGAGCCAGGCUGUGAAGAAGCCCAGCAGCAAGGUGGGUGACUGGUCUUGGUUGAAGAACAGAAAGAGACUUUAUCAUAUGUUGGUAAUAAAUCUUUAAGGUAAACCAUGGUCCUGCUGCUCACAAGUUUACAUUCCCUGGCAGAAUUUAUGAUUUCUUGGCCAUUUUUCAUAGAGUAUGAAUGAGACGAGAAACUUUUUUUUCACUAAUGGUUAGUGGUUGCGAUGAAGCCAUUUAUUGUUAAACAAUCGUGUUUACUCUUUUUUUAAUCAUAAUGACAACAGAGGCAUCCAAAAUGACCCUGAUCAGACGUUUACAUACCCAGGAGAUUGUCAUUCAUAUUCUCAGAAAAAUGCCCCAAAAAAAUCACAAAUUCUUCGAGGGUAUGAAAACUUACGAGCACAACUGUAUUCUACAGAGACCUGUCAAAGGGUCAAAGCCCAAAGUGGAGGGUUUCGUUUAUUUUUUCCAGUCUUGGAAAGCAUUUAACUUCUUCAUCUUUCUCCUUUGUCAAAUCAUUGCUCUUGCCCACUUUGUGUCCGUCCCACAGGGUCCACUGAAGACUGGAGGAGACUCAUGGAUGAGCCCCAUCAACAGACAGUUCUCUAAUAUGGGACUGCUGGUAAGACUGAACAUUUUCCAAUCUACUCAUAUCACUGACUAAGGGUGCUGACAUGAAGGCUUUAAGCACAUUCGUAUGGUAUGAAUACAAUCUCACUGAUGAUGACGGUUGUUUUUUACUCUCAACAGAACGAUGAUCCCAGCGGACCCAACAUGGACCUGGCUCCGGGUUCGCUCCAGGAGAAGAAGAUCGAUGUGGAUAAAAGAGGCAUGAUGAUGAAUGAUUACAAUGGAGAUCUGAGAAAGGGAGGAAGAGGAGGAGGUGGAGGGGGGAUGACUUAUCGUCCACCUGGUUCCAAAGAGGCAGUACCUGGGGAUGCUGGGUCUUACUAUGAUAAGGUAAUAAUACCUCACUGCUGCCUCAGCUUUUUCUUGUCUCUUAUGUCUCUCACAUGUCCAGAUAACAUUUUGUCCUUUUCACUACUCUUUAUUUCCCUCUGUGAUUCUGUCUUUUUUCCUCGGCUUCCCCUGUCCCUCCUGUCUGAACCUUCCCUUUUAUCCCCCCUUCACCAACUCUCAAAUUGGUCCUCUAUUGGCUGUCUCUGUGGCAGACCUUGCCUUUGACCAAUCAGGAUUGGUGCCUUGGGGAAGAGGGUCCUUACUCUCUGUACUCACCACCCACUGUCUACAAGCCCCAUUCCCUCUUCAACCACACUGUCCCCUUUAGACAAGUAAGAUAACCUCUCCUCCUGUUUCUGUCCUACCAUUGUAACACUCGGUUCUUGUAGUUUUCUGUUUCCAAAAGAUAACCGCUCGAUAACACCUCCAGUUCUUCCUCCACGUUGAGCCGUUUCUCUUUGAUCUGUUUGUUAUUCAUAUCCGCUCUGUACUUUGACGGGUCCCCUUAUGGUUUCAUUUUCCAUCCUCCAUCACAGGGCGGCCACAGUAUCUUUGGCAGUGGAGGAGGGAUGGCUCCGUCAAGACACCAGCCAAGUGUCCCACCCCUAAACCAGUCCCCAGGGAUACGAGCGCAAGUGCCUCAUCAGUUCCUGUCACCUCAGGUAACGAGUGCUUCUGCUUUUAUUUCUGUGAUCUGAAUUCUCUCCGGCAGUCUGCGCGCUCACACUUACAUAGGCUCAGGAAGUAUGUGGGCUGACAGUCUGUCUGUGUCUCUGUGUUACAGUGAGUCAUCCUUACUGUUUGUUUUUUUGUUGCUUAGUGACCAAUUAAAUGCAGAGUAACUUCAACUUUAAUUUUUUUUUUUCAACUUGUGGCAAAGCAAACCUUUAUGCCACUUUUGCUCGUCUUCUGCUUGGGAUUUUCUGAUGUUUUAAUAUCAGGUGGCUUUUAUAGAGAAAUAUUGCACCCCUAGGAAAUGAAGUAUUUCCUCCAUUGAGAUCAUUGCUGAAUCAGUCACAUGCAUGGGGUCAAUCAAGUAUCUCACAGGCGUGUUUUCCUGCGGGGAGUGUUCUUCCUGAUAAUGAUCUGCUUGUUGUGUACAUGGUGUAUGUUUGUCAGAUAAGUCCCAGGGGUGCAAAAACACUCAACCAGACAUUGAUCGUGAUUAAUCACCCGCCUCUGAGGAACACAAAGUAAAACACAUUUUACAUUCACUGAUUCAAGGUCGUUACUUUUUAACACCGUCUAAUGAGCACAUGAAAAAGAAUCAGUGUUAUGUGUGGAGGAGCAGCAAGCAAAUGGUUGUCGCUUAUUGUGACAGUACCAAAGCGUUUCUGUGGUAACAGGUGUGCCUGCCUGCCGUUGUGUCUGUCUGCAGGUGCCAGGCUCCGUGCUAAAGCAGAUGCCCCCUCCCAGCGGGAGCGUGGGGGGUGUCGGCAGCGUGGGAGGGAUGGCAGGACUGGGGGGAGGUGUGUUCCCUCCGCAGCUGUCCCCCCAGCAUAUCGCCAUGCUCAGCAGCAUCUACCCACCGCACAUCCAGUUUCAGUUGGUGAGAAGCAAAUAUACUGUCCACCUCUACACAUCAGUCUAGGGCAGUGGUUCUCAAGUCCAGUCCUCAAGGCCCACUGUCCUGCAUGUUUUGGAUGUUUCCCUGCUCCAACACACCUGAUUCAAAUGAUUACCUCAUUUUUAAGCCAUAACAGAGCUUGAUAACGAGCUGAUCAUUUGAAUCAGGUGUGUUGGAGCAGGAAAACAUCCAAAACAUGCAGGACAGUGGGCCUCGAGGACUGGACUUGAGAACCACUGGUCUAGGGUUUUGUCCCACAUCUGCUGAGUCUGGAAACAGUUUGAGAAAUGAUUUGAUAAAGUCUUAUGUGAUUUGGAAAAGCACAAAAUAAAGAAAUACAGAGUAAUGUGAAAAUCAGUUUUCUAUACUUGUAAUUUUUAAAAGUCAAGUACAGCAAAUCUUCCAGAUAUACCAGGGCCUGUAUUUGUCAUCUUACCUAAGGCACCAGGCCUUUAUAAGAAGCAGGCUUCUAUAAUUGACCAGCCUUUAGAUCUAUAUAUCUUUUUCUAUAUAUUUUUUUUAUUUAUGCCAAGUGCUUAUUGAUUGAGAAGUAUUCUUAUUUACAUAUUACAGGGUUUCUAAACAGUUGGAAUUCCCAUACUUUUCCAUACCCUACUCUUUAAUUUUUGGAAAUACCUACGUUUCUAUUUUUAGAAAACAGUAUUUUAGAACUGUGGUAAUAGUCUGGAAACAUAGGUAUUUUUCCAUACUUUAUUUCUCAUUUACCAUACUUUUUAAGACCUGGAAAUUGAUCAAACUACUUCCAUACCAUUCUUUCCAUACUUGCCUAGGAACCCUGAUAUUAGUACAAAGUGAGGAGCAGGUUCAUACGGAGAUUUGUGCCCACUGAGUGAAAAGUACCUUAUGUGCCAGAUCUGAUUGCACUCAUUUAAAUCAGCAAUCAUGAAUUUAAUUGGUGCAAAUACACUUCUUUCUGUGUAAAUGCCUCCAUAACAAAAUUCACCUAAAUCACUAUCCUGUUGCUGAAGCCUUUGUGUGAAAUUUUAACCAUUUGCACUGAAGGAUUUAAAACUCUUCAAUGAUCAGAGCAACAAGCCUUCAUCUGGAUGGCCAAGAAAUAGUGUAUCUGACCUCAGAGUCUAUUACAAUUACUUGUACAAUUAGCCUAACCCCACACACGCAGGCUGUACCAUUCACACAACAGAGCACUUAUUUAUAUAUCUAUUCAUUUAAGGAGCUGCUUUUUGCUUGCUUAUUCUAGGGUGUAAGGUGGUAUAGUCCCAUCUGUCAUGAAUCAAUUCCACAAUAAAAUGGAAAGGACUUUACCUUCCAUCAAGCUCUCUCCAUAUAAAGUGUAUGUAAAGGAUAUAGUGCUGCAAGGACAAAAGAGCACAGAGCAGAUGUAAUCAGCCACAAUUAAAAUGCAAAACUGGAUGAAAUGCCUAGAGGUGGCCUCUGAUGUAGUUCUCCCCGUAUCUGAUGUUAUAAUUGUACAGAAAGUGAAGCUGUUUUAUUAUCAUAGAAAACUUACCAGGAUGUUGGUCUUUAUGAUAGAAAUGUGAAAGUGCCCCAGCCAGUAAUUGAAAGCUGGCUUUCAUUGACUUGUAAAGGUCACAAUUCUGGUUAUAGUAAGAGACCUCACCGCAGUUUAAAUACCGGGUCUUUGAGGUUUUUAUAGUAAUCAAGAAUUUCUCUGACUGUAGCUGUUCAGAGAGGAAGGAUUAUGUUCCCAGUGUCACAUCUGUUUUCAGGAAACACACUCAACAUCUCAGACUCUUUGAUCAAAUACAUAAAGCAGAUCAAUAAACAGGGCAGCCCAAACAAUCACACUUGGGCUUCACAUCAUUAAGUUGACACAUUGUUUUAUUGGUGUACCCUAUAUUUCUGACUCAUCUGUAAUCUUACAUGUCCUUCGUUUCUUUUUCCGGGCCAUUCUGCCGGUGUAUGCACAGGCUUGUCAGCUCCUCCUGCAGCAGCAGCAGCAGCCCCAACAGCAGCCACAGCAGCUCCUGCAAAACCAGAGAAAGUUCACACCAAAUGUGCGGCAGCAGGCCGACCCUCAGCAGGUACAGACAAACACAACAUUUCACUGGCUCCUUCACUUAUUGACAGCCUCCUUCCUGACCACCUAUUUGUCGCCUGUCCUCAGCUGGCCAGGAUCAUGGCGGUGCUACAGCAGCAGAGGCAGCAGCAGCAGGUCGGGGGUUUAGGUGGCAGCUCCAAACUCUCCCCCUCCCACCAUGGUGGAGGUGGUCCCAAACUGCCCGGGGCUGAUCCCCUGCCCCAUCCAGGGCUGGCAGGAUCUAUGGCUGACCUGCAUCAGAAAACUCUGGGGCCUUAUUCUGGUGAGGGGCUGUCUCUACCCUCGUUUCCCGCUCAUAUAUGUCAGUGUAUUUGAAUGAGCGACAAUAGAAAUGUUUUUACUUUGAAUUUAAAAUAAUUGUUUCCUCAGGUUUCAGUUCUGGAGUGAAUCUACCAGGUCUGGACUUGGGCAGCCCUGUUGUGGGGGGUCCUGGGGGCAUGAAGGACUAUGGCGGUCAGAAGUCCCGAUUCAAAUGGAUGAUGGAGGGACAGUCAUCUCCAGACACCUCCUCACCAGAGAACGCAUUCCACAAAAACGGUGAGAUGAUCUGUGUGUCUGGGGUUUGAUAAGACAUGGAGGAGCAUGGUGUCAUGGUGGAGUGUUAAGAGAAUUAGGUGUGAAGUCACUCGGUAAAUCACAGUGCAAAGGAAAUGUGUUGUUUAGUGAUGGAACAUACAUCAUCCAUCCUCCAGGUCCUGUCACCCCAAUGAAGAUGCCAGGGGGCUCGCCCUACUCUCAGUACGACAUGAUGGUUGGAGACGGGCUCAGUGACAACUGGCAUCGCACCCCUGGAAACAAGAUGGGUGCUAAGCCAGCGCCCACACCCAGCUGGCCUCCUGGUUAGUGCAAGUUCUCAUUCAAGCAUUAAUCUGAGCUGUUUCACCUUCAAGGGAACAGUCCAGGUUGCAGUGGUAAACCAAAGACCACAUCAGUCUGCUACAUGUUUUCCCCUAACUCUCUACUCCGGCUUUUCUUGUCUCUCUUUUCGGUCACAGCUCCUCCUUUUUAGGAGUUUAAUUUAAAACUUCCCCCAAUUGAGAGUUUGUGUAUUUUUCCUUUUAUAGAGUUCCAGCCAGGCGUGCCCUGGAAGGGAAUUGAUCGUGUUGACCCUGAAUCUGACCCCUACAUGACCCCAGGAAGCAUGAUGGGAAAUGCAGUGUCCCCCAACCUCAAUGAUACUGAGCACCAGUUGUUACAAGAUAAUACAGGUAAAAACAUAAUAUAACUCUGUUUUCUACGAAAGAGGAUUAGGGCCAGGAGGAGAGAAGAAAAUCAUUACAGGAGGGUGAUUUUUGUAAAUUUCCAUUUUGAGUUAAAAGUCAAAAUUUUAAAAAGUCGAAACUUUGAGAUUAAAGUCGAAAUUUCGAGAUUGUAAAUGUUGAAAUUUCGUGAAUAGUGUUGAAAUAUUGAGAUUUGAAAAAUUCAAAUUUGAGAUUAAAGUCGAAAUUUCAGGAUUACAAAAUGUUGUGAAUAAUUUGGAAAUUUCAACUUUAAUCUCGAAAUGAAAUUAAAAAAAUUUCCCUCCUGUUUGUUUGUUUUUUUUUGUUUUUUUUUUGUUUUUUCUCUUCUUGUGGCCCUAAACCUCUUUCCGAGUUUUAAGUGUCUUGUCAGGUUGCAGCAGCAAAUAUUUUUUCUCUUUGUCUUUAUAACUCAGACCUCUUUUUGUCUGUCCAAACUGCUUCUCUUUUUUGCCAAUUCCCUAAAGUAUAUACUAACACUGAUUCUCUUCGGUAAAUAUUUGUUACAUUUGUGUCUGAAAAUUUUUUGAACAUGGUUUCUGUGGGUGAUUGUUUGCAGAUUCCACCCCACCCCUCAACACCUUGCUGCCUUCACCUGGUGCCUGGCCCUACAGUGCCUCAGACAGUCCCCUGAACAACGCACACAACUCAGGUACCCGCAGAAAAACACAUUCACAGUCACAUUCUGGGGCUGGUGUUAAUUUGGGCCAAUCAAAAUUGUAUCUGCUACUUUUUUAUUUUUGGUCAUGAGUUUGAGAUGUGUGUGUAUCUAUCUACAGUUGUGUACUGGUUUUCAUUGUAUGAACUUCUCCGGAUCAAACUUGCUUUCUUAUCACCCCACAGCAAAGUACACAGACUACAAGACCAGCUGGCCCCCAGAGCCAAUUGGCCCCAAGUCCUGGAAAGCCAGCCGUGGCAGCAGCCAGUCACAGCUGUCCCGCCCACCUCCAGGGCUAGCCAGUCAAAAGCAGCCGUCGCCUUCUCCUUGGUCUGGAGGAACUCCUCGAUUGGCUGGCCGUAGCUGGGCUGGGAGCUCAAGCACCACCGGUAAUGCCCCAAUACAUUCUGUAUGUUGCUAUGAGUCCAUGUAUAUUUGAUUUUGAGGAGCAUUAGUGUAAGCAGGAAAGAAAGUUAUUCAUCAUUUAGCUAAGGGGCAAAACAGAGUAAGAUAGUGUUUACUGUGAGUGUGGAAAACUCACUCAGGUUUUUCUGUUUGCUCUCCUCGCAGGCUCGACCUGGAGUGAUGGCAGCUCUCGGGAAAGCUGCUGGUUGGUGCUCAGCAACCUCACACCACAGGUAAACACACAGACGUAUUAUACAACAACUGCUUCAGCUAGUAGAGGAGAAAAACAUUGCACCUUCUUGUAGAGCUGUAACCAUUUUUUUAGCUUAGUUAACUCACAUUGUACUUGCACUGAAAGAGAAAAAAGUAAACCCACACAGAGCAGAGUCUUUCACAGCCCAAACACACGAGUCCGACAUUUGUCUCACCAUCAUCUAUUUUGUUUGUUCCUGCAGAUUGAUGGCUCCACUCUGAGGACCAUCUGUAUGCAGCAUGGCCCUCUGCUGACCUUUCACCUUGGCCUGACCCAGGGCACCGCUCUGAUUCGCUACAGCUCCAAACAAGAGGCAGCCAAGGCCCAGAGCGCACUGCACAUGUAAGAUUCAGUCUGUUGUUCUCAUACACCUGAAAAUUUCAAAUGUUUGGAAUAACUAUGCGAUUAUUAAUACACUCAAGUUUUGUUCAGUGACUCUCUGACCUCUUGUUCUUACCAGGUGUGUUUUGGGUAACACCACCAUCUUGGCCGAGUUUGUGAGUGAGGAGGAUGUGGCUCGCUACAUUGCACAUUCCCAGGCAGGAGGAGCAGGGACCGCUGGAACCACAGCCAGCUCUGCAGGCUCCGGGCCUACAGCCGCCUCCACCGUGGGGGCCAACGGUAACGGAGGGAGCUGCGAGAGAGUCGGCGCGGGAGGCAGCGGCGGGGGAGGAGCAGCAGCAGACGGAGGCUCCACAACCGGGGUAGCAGGAAGCGGAGGAGCCGGGCAUUCCAGCUCAGGGUGGCAGAGUCUGGACAGCACAGGCAGCUCAUCGGACCAGCCUGCCACCCAGGGCUCCGGGCUGAGCGUCUUCGCCCAAUGGAGCAGCAACGGGGCCGGGGUGGGUUCGACCGGAGGUGUGGAGACAGGAAGGCAGGGUCUGUGGGGGGGCAUGGGCGGGAUGAGCGGGGCGGGGUACCCUGGCAGUACUCUCUGGGGUUCCCCGGCACUUGAAGAUUGUCACCAGAUGGGCAGCCCUGCCUCACUGCUGCCAGGGGACCUGCUGGGAGGGGGGUCGGACUCCAUCUGAAAGGGCCAACUGACACACACACACACUUACACACAUAUACACACACAUAUAUUGACACACACACACUCAAGUUUACCCCUAAGUUGUAGUACAUAUUUGUCACUGUAUUUAUUUACACAUGAAUAUUGAAAUAAAGCUACACUGGUUAGCAAAAAAAGUAGACGGUCAACAAUCUUACAAACACACAGACUACAUGCAGUACAUGUACACAUACUUGCACACGUUAACAUUAAGCCGCUUAACUUUAAAUGAAGACAACAGUAAAACUUGAACCGGGGAAAAAGGUGAAAUCCAUUAAACUCUUAGGACUCAACUGGAUAGUUCUUUGUCUUUUUACUCCAAAUCUCACCAUCUGCAUUCAGAGACCCGAUCACUCAGGCAUGCACUGUAGACAGGCUCAGCCAGAGUCGUACACAUCAACAAGUUUAGCUAUUGCUGUUUUUAGUGUGCCACAAAUUAUUAUUCUUUUCUUUCGUAUUGCUAUUUAAUGGUCGAAUCUCAAAGUCAGACUUGCAGACUGAGCCCUUGUAGACCUGGCUGGCUUACUUCUGAGUUCUCAUGUUCGGAUGUUUGAGAGUGGGGAAGGAUCUGAAGUUUGUUGAAAUUUUUCGGGACAGCGCCACACUACUGAGUCAAACGGACUAUCAGCAACCUUUUGAGGUCUGGAAAAAGGAGAGUGUUUUUAAGUAGGUACUCACACCUCUACCUUGGUGGGAAUAUGCCAUCAACAUGGGACCCAGGGUAAAAUAAAAAAAAAAUAAAAAAAUGAAACAAAAACAACAUUAGCCAAACUUGCACUAUAUGCCUCUGGGUUUGUUGUUGACUCAUCCUCCACAAAUCCCUCCAUGUUUUAAAACAGAGCUACAACACAACUACACAGACCUUACUGGACGACUUAAUGUUACAACAGCAGUGGCCUUGGCUAACACCCAGCGGCCACCCGCCUGCCAUGUCAGCAGCAUCACACCUUCUCAUCGGUUACACUCUGCUCUUAUAUUUGACAAGCAAAAUUGUAACUCCUUGUUGAUGUAUGUCGGUUGUUUAUCAUUUUUUUUCUUCUGUUUUAAAAGAAAAAGAGAAAUGUGUGAAACUUUGUGAAAAUCCAGAGAUGUCCUUUUUUUGCCCUUCAAACACUGACCUCGCUAUUGUAUUUUUUCUUACUCGAGAAAUCAAGUUGGUUAUUAUAUAUUGUCAUGAUGUUAAUGAUGACUAUGAUCACUUAUUUACUCGCUGUACAAGGUGCCCUCCUGCCUGCCUGUGUGUGCAUGAAAGGAGUGAUGAUGACAGUAUGACCGAAUGGAGAAGAUGUGAUGAAGAUGAUGAUGACGAUGAUAUCAGGAGUGUCUGUGUUAUUGCUACAAUGUUGAAUGUUUUUUUUUUUUCUUUCUUUCUUGUCCAUGAGAGAUUCAUGAGAAUCAUUUGAGCGCAUUGGUUGGUUUGUUUGUCUGUGUGUGGUUGCUUUUGAACACUUAUCUGCUCCAGUCAGGGAAGUGAAUAGAUGUUAAUCUGACAGCUUGCAUUUAAGAGAGAAUUUGUGUGCGAGUGUUGUGUGGAUGUGUUUCGUGCGUGUGUGUGCUGGACGGUGUGUAAUAGCUAAAAAGUUCAAAAACAUUGGCACUAUUGCAUAUGUCUCUUAAGUUGUGUUUUUAGCAGCAUUUUUUUUUUCUGUUUGUAAUUUUUUUUUUCUGCCAAAUGCAAUAAGAGAAUAUUUUGUUUUUAAGACGAAGCAACCAACUGAAGGCAUUUCUAUUAAGAUGCCAAAUCCUACCAUACCAAGCUGAGCUGGAACAGUGUUUUACAGACACGUUAAAGACAUUACCUGUUAUAUUUUACUGUUUGUUUUUGUUUUUUGUUUUUUUCUGUUAUUGUGUAUCAGUUUAAAUUAAGUCAGUCUUUAUUAUCACUCCUGUUCAGGAUGUUUUCAUUUGUUUCAGAUGUUACAGAAAGGAGAGGAAAUUAAUUUAAAGCAGAAAAGAACAAGAUAAUAAAGGUUGAAUUGAAGUCUA